AUGGAAGAGGCCGAGCUGGCGGCGGGCGGCGGCCCCGUGGAGAUCCGGGUGGCCGCCGCCGAGGAGGACCCGGGCGGCGAGGAGGAGGAACGAGAGGAGGAGGCGCGCCGCCGCGGACGCCUGAGCCUCAGCCCGCUGGGCGGCGGCAGCUGCAGCGAAGACGAUUCCGGCCGCGGCUGCGGGAAAUCCAGUGGGGGUGAAAACGACGGAGAUGACCCCGGCCACAACUGGACGCCUCCUGACCACGAGCUGAUUGUGAAGCUGGUGGCCCAGAUCGAGUAUUACUUCUCGGACGAAAACCUAGAGAAAGACGCCUUCCUUCUGAAGCAUGUCCGGAGGAACAAGAUGGGCUACGUGAGCGUAAAGCUCCUGACGUCUUUCAAAAAGGUAAAGCAUCUGACACGCGAUUGGAGAACUACAUCAUAUGCCCUGAAAUACUCUGAGGUCUUAGAGCUGAACGAAGACAACAGAAAAGUUCGAAGGAACACUCCCGUUCCAGUAUUUCCUAGCGAGAAUCUCCCCAGCAAAAUGCUGCUCAUCUAUGAUAUCCACCCGGCUUCCGAUCUCCAUGCAGAGGAUGAAAGGCAGGAGAACGGAUGCGUUCAGGAGAAGAUGAUGGAAAAUCUUCUUAAAGCUUUUGUCAAAUUUGGGAUCAUCUCCUCAGUUCGCAUUCUCAAGCCCGGUAGAAACCUUCCUCCAGAUAUCAAGAGGUUCAGCAGCCAAUACAGCCAAGUCGGAACAAAGGAAUGCGCCAUCGUAGAGUUCGAAGAGGUGGACGCCGCCAUAAAAGCGCAUGAGUCAAUGUGCGUUAUGGACAAUGAAACGGACAUGAAGGUGGUUCUCAUUGCUAUGAAGCCACCUAAGAAGAAAGUUCUGAAAGACAAGACCCGCGAGGAAGAUCCCAGCAAGGUCCUUACCAAAACACGGUCAAUGAACAAGAGAGUGGAAGAACUUCAGUACGUUGGCGACGAAUCUUCGGCCAACAGCUCCUCCGAGCCAGAGAGUGAUCCGACGUCCCCCAUGUCGGGUCGCAGAAGCGGCGCCUCAAACACGUUGAGCCCCACCACCUACCAGAACAGUCACCUGAGCCCGAACGUCUCCCCGAGGUCGAGUCCUUGGAACAGCCCCUCUUCCCUGCGUAAAGGUUCCAGGAUGUCUCCGCUGGCCGAGGACGGCAGGCUCAGCCUCAGCACCAGUCCCGAAACGUCGAGGUGGUGUGCGGAUUAUUCGUCGGACAGCAGCGUCACCCCCUCGAGUAGCCCGUGGGUUCAGAGGAGGCGGCAAGCUCAGACUCUGACGCAAGAGAAAAGUCCAGUCGGUAGCCCGGUGCUCAGCCCCAAAAUACAGAAUGCGGGCGGGUUGCCGGUUGGGGUCUUGCGUUUACCGAGAGGCCCCGAUGGUACAAAGGGAUUCCAUAACGGGUACGAGAGGAAUAAGCCCAGCAAGAACGAAUAG